CAGCUCUUUAUGAAUGAAACAGUUCUGCUGUCUAAUGGUAUUUUGAAAAAAUGGUCCCACAACCAAACUUCACCACAGUUUCAAACCUCACAACCCCUGUCCCUGGGGGUGGUGGAUGCCCACCUGUCGGCAUCCAGCUGGAGGGCCUCAUCAUGCCUCCGGUCCUCAUCAUCGACGUCGUACUGGGGCUGAUGGGAAACUUGGUGGCGCUGUGGAUCUUCUGGUUUAAGUUGAAGGCCUGGAACCCCAACACCCUGUUCCUCUUCAACCUGGUCAUCGCUGACUUUUUUGCCCUGGUGAGUCUGCCCCUGAGGAUUGACGCCCUGCUCAGGGGCCACUGGGUGUUUGGAGAUGGCAUGUGCCGGAUAAACCUCUUCCUGAUGUUCUCCAACCGAUCGGCCAGCAUCGCACUCAUGACCGUGGUGGCAAUUUACCGAUACUUCAAGGUGGUCCACCCUCAUCAUCGCUUCAACCGCAUGACCAAGCGGCAGGCUGCAUUUGUCUCAGCGUUUGUCUGGCUGUUGGUGAUCAGUCCUCGGGUUCCCAUGCUGGCCUACAACCACAUCAAGGGUAAAGGCGAGAAGACCCAGUGCUUCUUCUUUACAUCCUACAAAGAGGCAUCCCGCGCCAUCAUCAUCCUGGUGGGCAUGCACCGUAUUUUGACGGUGGUGGAGUUCGUCAUCCCCAUGGCCAUGCUGCUGUUCUGUUCCGUCCGAAUCUCCAACUUCCUGAAGCAGAGGCAGAUGGGAAAACCUGACAAGGUGCACAAGGCCAUGAGAAUGUGUGCCGCCAUUGUGGCUGUGUUCAUCGUGUGCUUCCUUCCCACCACGGUGACCACGAUUGGUGUGUGGGUCAUCCGCUCUUACCGUCCAUGGGACUGUGCCGCUUUCUACACCUUUACUCAACUCACUAUUGUGUCGUUGGGCCUGAACUUUCUGAACUCGGCUCUGGACCCUAUCGUCUACGUCUUCUCCAGCUCUAUGUUCAGGAAGGCACUACUGGGACUCGUACCCUGUGGAAAGGAUGAAAGCCAGAACACACAGUCUUCAUCGGGAACCCAAAGCACCGCCCAGCAGGAACUGAAGUCCUUAAGGACUGACAGAGGAAGUGAAGCCAUUUAAUGAGCAAGACCCCAGUUGUAGUGACAGAACAAUAGCUUUGAUUUUAUAUAGCUAAACUUACAUAUAAAUUUAAACAUCUAAAGGUUCAUCUACAAACAGCUCUAUGCAGUUUGACAAGGUUUUUUUUUUCAUAGAUACCACACUGACUAACAAUGAUUAGAUUGGAGCUACACAGCCCAAACUUAGCUUUUCCCCAGUUUUGUUGUGAUGCUGAGUGUUGAGAUUAGAAUACCAGUUUAAGAACCUGGGAUUUGGACCAUGUGAGACGUUUUUGCACACAAGAAUUGACAUCCUAAAAAUGUUAACAUCCUGGCAAAUAAAAAUCUCCAUAAGGGACAGUCAAGUGGAUCACAGAGAAAGCUGUUUAACAAGUAAACGGACUUCAGGAACAUGACGUGUUCCAAGGUUGCUGAGCAUGUCAUUGCAAUGGCUGCUGUGAAGGACUACAAUCACUUCCUGGAAAGAGUUGACCUCUCAGAUCCAAUGACUGGUUGUUGUUCUUUAAAGAGAAAUUCCAGGAACUAAUACAUGACUGUCUGUCGUGUAUCAAUUUAUGGUCCUUUGCUGUAUGAAAAAUUUAGUUACUCAAGACGGAGCUGUGUGGCAGUCAAUGAUGUACCAGGUUUUCCAGGAACACAGCGGGUUGGCCUCACAACCAGUCCCAAAGUGCUGUCAUCAAAUCUCUGCUGCCAUUGUUGAGAGAGCAUUUGGCCAUAAAACACAGACAGGGAGGCAACAAGAAGUGUCACAACUCCAUGACGUUAAUUAAAAACAAAACUACUUAAUGACUCUUUUUUCUUUCUGUACAGGUCCCUUUUGAAACGUUAUUUUGAAAUAUACUUCAUCUUUUGUAAAUUUCACACAAUGUAUCUUGUAUUGUUUGUUGUUUCUACAGUUUAUAAAACUGCGUCCAUUCUCUGGCUCCCAUUUUGUGGAACCUUAGUUGCAGUUACGAAAUUUGUGCAGCAAAAAAAUCAUGAAGAAAAAAAAGUUGUUGUAUUUUUUUGUAAUGUAUUGUACUUGUCAGCUGUUUUUUUACUUAGUUACCAUGGAGCCACCCAUGACAUGCAUGUUAAUAAAAUGAAGGUAAUGAAGGUUGAGUUGAUGUAUAGCUAAUUGAAUUGUCCAAAAAAAUGCAGCAUAUAAAAAUCUAAGCACAA